AUGCACAAAUUUUCUAGUGUUCACUUUAUAAUGGAUGCAUCGGCAUCAACAAAACCAGAUGCCGAUAUUAGCAAUAUGUAUGGUUUCUUUUUAAAAAUAGACGACAGCAAUUACGCCGCACCAAUGCAAAAGAGCACAGUUACUAAGUACACGAAGCUUCCAGAUUUUGAUUUUGACUCCAAAGUGUCAUGGCCCGCACACAGCUACACACUUCAGCCAAGAUUAAGACGCAUCAUCACACUUGAAGAUGAUGACGGUCUACUGACUGGAAAUAGUUCCUUGAAGUCACAUUUGACUGGUCCACCCAGGAUGAUGGCUACUCCAGCUGGUCCGAAUUACACAAACAGAAAAAUUGUCACUAUCACUGAAGAUGAUGAGAAUGACCUUCACCCUAAAUUUUCUAAGGAUAAAAAGCCACAUCCUGCAAAAACAGCAAAUAGAGCUGUGGUAGCUGACAUAAAAGAGAAACCACAGUCCCCCAGUAGAACCACAUCAAGGUUUUCUACUUCAACUAAAUAUUCUAAAGAAGUAAAAACAAGUGCCAAAGUAAACAGUGCAUAUAAUAAGAAAGAAGUGGUUGCCACUGUACAAAGUCACAGAAACAGAAAGAGUAAUAGUCCAAGUCCUGAUAAUAAUAAAGCAAAAAAUGUGAAAGAGAAAGAAACAUCAAGAAGAAAUUUGAAUGCAACAUCAAAAAUUAGUGUAAGCAAAAACCAUGUAGCACCAAGUGAAAGUGAUAAAGAAUUAACAAAAAUAAAACAUAUGCUAUAUGACAAUUUAAAAAGCAAAUCAGCAACUUGUAAACGAACUGUAGAAAAACCCAAAACAAACAAAUUACCAUAUUUACAAAACAGGUCUAAAGCAUCAUUUACAAAAGAUGUCACAAAUAAGGAGAGAGCUCUGACAGUAAUACAUGUUCCACUUGAUGACAAGUACAAGAAGAAAGACAAAAAGUCCGCUACUGUACCCUACGUGGACCCGGUCAUAACCACUGUCGACUGCUGUAUCGAAACUGAUGACAUCGUCCGAUAUAAAGAUGCGGAUGUGUCCACUGACCCGAUGCCAACACCGAUACACCGCGACACAGCAAUGGAAGAUUUUGAAAUCAAUACAAUAACUAGAUGCGAAAGUACUAUGCAAACGGAUCCUAACAAACUAACAUUCGAUAGUCUCGAAAUACCAAAUGUAUCGUUAACAAAGGAUAAGUGCGAACCCAAAGAGGAUCCUAAAAUCUUAAAGUCAACAUCUUUGCCAAAUCUUGAAGUACCGCCUUUAAAAAUAGUCCCUCAUAAUGAAGAAGCGAAUUCCAGUGAUACAAGUUUUUGUCAAAGUACCUCUUUUAUUAUUAGCCACGCUACGUUAACAUACACUACUAAGCAAAAGUUCAACUUCCAAAUAGUUGGUAGCGACGACGAAGUCAAACCAACUCUUCCGCCUAGUCCAUUAGAUUACCCUGUGAGUGUUGUGUCUGUGUUCAAGAAUGAAUUGAAAAAUAAGAACGUGAAUGAAAGCGAAUCUUCAGAUGAUUCGUACAACAAAAAGGAAACUACAAAAGAGGAAGAAUAUCUAAACCGUUUGAAUGAACUGAAGACUCUUAAUUGCUCGUACGUCUUUAACAAAUUAAUGAAACCGUCGGAUAUAAUUAGCACAAUAAGAGUUAAUAACGGUCUAUUACACAACGACUAUAUAUGUGAGCAGUUCCAGAGGGAACUCAACUUUAUAGAUUCAUUCUUUGAAUCGCUACAGUACUUGGAGAGUUGCUCCCUCUCUGACAAAUGUUACUCUGAAAACAAAGUAGAGAACUUUGUCAAUAAUUCUGCGUUAUUUGACUCCACAUUCGAUGUAAAGAAUUCAGAGUACGACAAUUUCUUAUCGAAACUUGAAAAUGGCGCGAAUAUUGACGACACCGAAACAAUGGCAUCAAAGAGUCUUUGUCUGCUUAAUUUACUCAUUCGCGAUGAGCAAAGACGAGCAAAAAAUCUCUUAUUCGUAUUGAAAAUGCGAGAAGAUGCGCUAAAAGACUUUACGAAAUCUCAAAUACUUUGGUUAGAGAAGAAGAAAAAGCACGACAACACGGAUAUAUCGACGUUGAAGAAGAAACAGCGCGGUGCAUUGCUCAAGCUGCAACACGAAUGUGGGGAGAUGCAACGUAUGCGCAAAGCUUUACUCACACUCUCAGAGAAACGCAAGGUCGCCCUUAUGAAAACCAAGAAGAAUAUAGAGUUGAAACUUAAAAAUAACGUCGAUGUUGAACAGAUAAUUCUUGGUAAGAAGAAAUUAAAAAGAAGCUCCAGCUUCGAUAGGAACGCUGCUCCCUUGAAAUGUUUUGAUUUGUCGAGCAGUGGGUGUGAGGAGAGUACCACCUCCAAAGUGAUCUCAGAUGCAUCUCUGAUCCCGGUGGAGGUCCAUGGCUCGGCGGUGAGUGUGCUUAGUGCCGAGAAGUACGUACAGACCAGCGACACGACGAGCAAUUUACUCAUGGACCACGCCACCGACACUGCCGCAGAGAACUUUGUAGUAGUUGAUGGUGGAUACCUAAACAUACUGUUUCAUAACCUGACUCUUCCGCAAAUUUUCAGCAGUGGAAAACAGUAUGAGGUUAACGAGGAAGCCUUGAGAAAUAUAGUUCACUCAGCGAAUAGUCACAACACUAAUAUGAGUGGUAGUGAUGUCGUUGAAAAGCUUAUGGAUCAGAUUAAAAAUAAAGACUCCGAUAGAUCCAGCUCGCCGUCGACUGCACGAAGUCUCAUCGAAGAAUUUGAUCAGUACUACAAAGAUCUGCAGGAGGAUCAGAAGUCACCGCCUAGCUCGCCAGACCACGACAGCGAUCAUUCUAGUAAGGUUUAUGAAAUUAAAGACUCGAGUGUGCAGUCAGUGAUCGUUAAAUUGGAUAAUUUAGAAGAGCGAUGUAGUCAAACUAUUUCAACGCAAGAUGUAAGCUCAUCUCCAAGUUUAGAACAUUCGUGUGUUUGCGAGGUUGCGUCUGUUGAAAGUCAGUGUUCAUUAGAUAAGGAGCCAGUACUUACUAGUCAAACGCCGACCGGCCCGCUGCCUGUGCCGGUCGGCGCCGCUGCUGUCGUGGACAGUCAGCCUCCAGAUGUUCCUACCUGGUUACCACCGAAGUCAACUGCAUCCUCUGCUUCAAUUUCAGAGACAGACAGCGUCAGUAGUCAGUCGCUGUGCGGGUCCGUGUCUUCGUUAACGACGCUCACGGCGCCGGUCCAUGUUGAGGCAGAGGAACUGCGGAGACAACAAUUAGAGAUAGAAAGAGAGAUAAAGGCUUUAGAACAACAACAAUGUCGGUUGCUGGUUGUAAGGGAGAUUCCGGACAAGCCGCCACCACCUUACACUCCGCCUACAGAAACUCGUGCCCCAAAACCACCGCGCAUGUUCACUCCGGACGAAAAUUUAGAAGAAAAAGUAGAAAGGCACAUUACGGACCCAGAAGGCAGUAUAUCUGACCCAUCAGAGGCCUUCAACGUAUUUGUGCAAGAUUUUUGUCAGGAAUCUCUGGAAAGGCAUAAACACGAGCAAAGUGAUAAGCCUUGGGACGCAUGUAAUCUAUUGCCGCAGAAGCCGCCAGUGGAAGUUCAAGAAUUGGUAGAGAAAACCACUACAGAACUGAAGGACGUGCUCACCAGCGUCCCGCCCACUACCGUGUCUGGAGUUUCGAGUCGGCGGUCUGACCACAUCGACGACAUACUCUUCGCUGAGUGGCGACGCUGCGAGCCCGAGUGGACGGCGCUGCACGCCGACGAGGCUAUAGUUAAGAACCAGAUCUUUGAAAGCAUCUUCCAGAAAAUUCUUACCGAUACAAUCGAUGAGUAUAAGAAAACCGUACAAUGCGAGGUAGUCGCAACUGAUUAA